AUAUCCCAAUUCUGGCAGUAGGGGAGAGAGCGGAAACCAACUAGUUUGAGAGUCCCUCCGUAGUUCAAACUACAGAGUGUGUGAGAGUUAAUUCAAUAACACAGAGCUGAAAGACGCGUCGCUGACCCGCCGAACGCGCGGCACGUAACCGGACGUCAGGUGGAGCGUCGCAUAAUUCAGCGGACCGUCACAACUUUAUUAAGCUUACAAGCAGACGACUCUUUUUGGAGAGUUUUGGUGGGAAAGACAAAGAAAGAAAACCCUGAGGUAUGGCAGCGACUUUACCAAGAACCCUUGGGGAGUUGCAGCUCUACCGGAUUCUUCAGAGGGCCAACCUGCUGUGCUACUACGAUGCCUUCAUCCAGCAGGGUGGUGAUGAUGUUCAGCAGCUCUGCGAAGCUGGCGAGGACGAGUUUCUUGAGAUCAUGGCACUCGUGGGCAUGGCCAGCAAGCCGCUGCAUGUUAGACGCCUACAGAAAGCUCUUCGUGAUUGGGUCACGAACCCUGCCCUGUUCAAUCAGCCCCUCACAUCCCUGCCUGUCUGCAGUAUUCCCGUCUACAAGCUGCCCGAAGGGUCACCCACACUGUUGCCUGGCAACGGUGCCCGUGGAGACACCCAAGUCAAAGUGCCCAAGUGUUUGGCAGCAUCUUGCGUGGAUCCUGGAAAAGGAGAAUCAGGCAACGGUAACUCUUCAGCCACCGUUUCGCCCCUUCAGAGUGGCAGUGAGCCACGUUUUUGGGCCAGUCACGGCACAGAAAGCGAGCACAGCUUGUCUCCUGCAGAACUAGGCUCCCCGUCCUCCCCCCGGGAUGGCCUAGAGGCGCUCGAUGCGGCUGCAGUUCAGUCCGUGGCAGAGUGUGUGGAAAGAAUCACUCAGACUUUGCCCAAGAGUGACCCCACAGAGGUUAAAGAUCAGUUGAAGGGAAAUAAGAAGCUUGCCAAGAUGAUCAGCCACAUCUUUGAUAUGAGCGACGAGGAUCCACACAGGGAAGAAGAAAUCCGCAAGUACAGUGCCAUUUAUGGCAGAUUCGACUCAAAAAGAAAGGAUGGGAAGCAUUUGACCCUGCAUGAGCUGACAGUAAAUGAAGCUGCAGCACAGCUUUGUAUGAAGGAGGUGGCACUGCUGACCCGCAGAGAUGAGCUUUUCGGACUGGCACGCCAGGUCUCCAGAGAGGUCACCUACAAAUACACCUACAGGACCAGCAAAUCUCGAUGCGGUGACAGAGAUGAGCCCUCGCCCAAGAGAAUUAAAACCGAGGACGGCUGUUUUGACCUCCAGGAGGCGCUGCAGGCCAUUCACAUGCGCCAGGAGACCCUUAAGGAGCAGCUUGCCCACGCCAGAUCUAAAGGAGAGGAGACGCUCGGGCGGAACAUCCAGGUUCAGCUGGAGCGUCUGUUGGCCAAGCAGAUGGAGAUCCUGCAUGACGCCGCGGCGCAGGACAGACUGCAGGCUCUGGAGUGGAGGGUCCCACCAGGCCCCUACAAACACAGCGCAGACCGGCAGAACAGCAACGGCCUCACAGCUGACAAAAACACUGAGCCGCAGGGUGAGAGGCCACUGAAUCUGAGGGUGACCAAUCAGAGGAUGAGCAUUUCAGAUGGAGACACGCCCCUCGGAAAGCAACUGGCCAAUGAGCUGAAGAGGCAUCAUCACGCUAAUGCAGAGAACAAGACGUCAGCAGCCACAGAAGAAAGAAACUCAAACAGGUUUGGAACAAGUGGAGGAAAACGGCGGAGACGCAUCAUCGCGUGCCCUCAACCUCUCUGAGAAGAAGACCAUCAAAUCGGAGCCGGAGGACUCCAGAUAGCAGCCCCUGAACGCUUUCCCUUCAAACCUACAACAGUACACGUCGUCUGUCAGUCAAUACUAAAACAAGCACAACUACAGUAGAGCCUUAACAACCAAUGUUGCCUCAAAAUAGAGUUUAUUUUACUUUCUCGCCAUUUUUUGUUUUUUGCCAAAGCACCUAGAGCCCUUAUUUGCAUUCUCCUGAGUAGAUCCACACUGUUUGUGCUGUCUGCACCGACUGUACUCAGUGCUCACUAGUUUAAGUCAUCAUUUGUUACUCGUUUUUAAUCUCCUCACGCUCUCCUAUGGAUGUGGACCAAAAGUCUGCUAUUUGUACAUACGUAGAAAACGUCGGUUAAAUGUUAUUUAAAUACUGUAUGUGUUUCGUGUGUGCGUGUGUAUAUAUGAAUGCAUGUAAAACUUCACUGAAACGGAGGGCCGCAGUGUUUUUAAACUUUGUCGGGAUGCCAAUGUUUUUGUCGAGUGCGUCCGAAAUUGUGUACUUCCAUACUAUAUAGUAUGUUAAAAACAGUAUGGGAGCCAAGUAGUAUGUCGAAAAACAGUAGGCGAGAAGUACACUGAAAAAAAGAUGCACUGGAUUUGCGACAUCUUUUUUAUGUUAAGUAGCUGCAAACAAUUUAUACGGGCUGAAUUUAAACAAACAAAUGAAGUUGAACAUUUCUAAAUUUAAUCUCUUUGGUUAAAUUUAGAGCAUAUAAAUUGUUUGCAACCACUUACCUUAAAAAAUGUAGUGAAUCCAAUAAAUCUUUUUUUUUUUCAGUGUAACUGGAUGACUUGCUACUUCCAGCGAGAUUCUGAAGUGCGCAUCCAAGGGACGCUACCCUGAAUAGGUCAUGUGACAAUGACUAAUGGAGUAGUAAUGGAAGGAUGUAGUAUGUCCGAGUUCCAGUCAUACUAUUCACAUUCAUACUAUAUAGAACGUACUUUUUUAACAGUCGUGUUGUAAAUACAAAUUCAAUUGUAGUACACACUCGAGGAGUAGGCGAUUUCGGAAGCAGCCUUAGUGAUUGCAUUUCUCUUUAAAGACCCCUUGAAAUCAUUUCCUGUAUUGGCUAUUUCCUGUUUUAACAGGACAUUUGUAGACCAUAUCAAAGGGUUUGUCCUUUUUUUUUUAUUUAAAAAAUUAACAUAAACAAUGCCAGUUGCUAGUCGACAGCAGAUCCAGCCUGAUCUCAUGCGGAAACGUAACUAUCUUGUCAGUUUAGUGGAUAAUUCCCGAGUGUUACAAAAAUGAACGAUUUUAAAAAGGAGGCGUGGCACCCAACCCCGCCCCUAAACCCAACCGUCAUUGGAGGAUGAGCAAAUCGUACUAAAUUGUACAAAUGAGAUUGCCACUUAAUCAAGAUGUUAUGAAUUGCCAUGAGAUUGUGUUGGCAGAACUUGUUAUUAGCAUGAGUGAUGUCAUCAUUCUUGAGAGCAUUUGAUUGGACAGAAAUCUGAAGGAUACUGAAAUUAGAGCUGCAUAAUAUAUCGAAAUUAAACAAUUGCAGUAUGGUGAUUUAAUGCAAUAGUUCAAUUGUAAAGACAGAUUUAUAUUAAUAUAUGCGCUGCAUAUUUUUCAGUGAAGUAAACAAUACCCCGAUAUAUUUCUAUAUUAUAUUAGUCACAAAUAUAUUUAUUAACCACUGAAAAUGGCAAAAUGAAAGCUUGAAUGUUUACA